AUGGAGGACCCCCUGCUCUCGGCCGCGCCCAUUAACCCCAACAACUUCCCCGCCAAGCUGUGGCGCCUGGUCAACAGCCCGCGCUUCCGCUCCAUCCGCUGGGACGCCCGGGGCGAAGGGCUCCUCAUCGACCAGCCCUUGUUCGAAGCCGAGCUCCUGGGCGCGGGCGGCAGCGGAAUGGCCGUCGCGGUGGGAGGCGGCAGCGGCGGAUCCUCGUCUGGCGGCGGAUCCACCGCAGGUGCCUCAGCCGCCGCCUCGGCCCCCGGCGGCCCCUUGCACCACUUCCACAGCCCGCACUUUCGCCGCGACCGGCCCGAUCUGUUGGUGCACCUCAAACGCCUGACCAGCGCGAACAAGGCCAAGCUCGCCGCAGGCCUGGAAGUCACCAGCCGGCCGCCCAACCGCUUCCAGCGCCUCCUCAGCACCUCCCUUCACGGUGGCGAAGCCCUCCUCAGCCAGCAACAUCAGCACCAUCACAAUCCCCCGCCGGCACAUGCCGGGGCCGUGGCUGCCAAGAACAACGACAAGCCCGCACCACUGACUUUAGAGCAGGUUCACCGAUCUUUUCGGCGAGACAGUUUAUCUCCUUAUUCCUACCUGUCACCGUCAUCUCACAACCAAAAUGCUUUUCCACUGAAAGGUUCCGAUCGGACUCCUUUUCCUCCCAGAACAUGGCAGAACUCCCUUGGAAUGCUCCCAGGGCAGGUGGAGACGUCAACUUUUUCAGACAAGGGGGUCCCAUUUCCCGUGCUGCAGAGGUUCCCAACAGAGGUAACUUACACUCUGCAGCCCAGCUCUACAUCUGUGCACAUUCAGCAAGGGCCUCAGACAAUGGCCACAUCUUCCCAGAAAUAUACCAGUUAUGCAGCUUCAGCACCAUACUCCCAAGCUUACUAUCCAACAGCUGUAUUACAGUGUUGCUCUCCACCUACCCAUAUGGAUCCCCUAAGUGGUUGUGGUAGUCCUACAGCCUCAAUCUAUACACACUGCAGCUAUUUUCAGAAUCCACCAAUGCAAUCUUCAUAUCCAGUUGAAUUUUUGCCUUCUAAUUGGUCUUGCAACACCUCUGAUGAAAACAAAAAGACAGAAGUCAAUCUAGAAGCUGUCUUCCAGAUUGUUGAUGAAAUGCAUUCAUCCCCAAAGCUGGAAAUGGUAAAAGUAGAACCAGUGGAGAACCAAUGUCCAACUUCACAGUCAAACCGAAACCAGCAAUUAAUAGUUAAUCCAGGGAACAGCGAUACAGCUUCUUCAGGUCAAACCAGCCACUUAGAACCUCUGACACCUGUAGGCUCAGAUAUUACAUCCUUUGUUGUAGAGUCUGAACAAGCUAUAGCAUGCUCCUUGCCACAGUCUCCAGAAUUUAUCUAUGCUAUUCAUACCACAGAACCUGUGGAGAAUACCACAGCUCAAAUAGUGCAGCAGCCUACAGUCACACCUCAAACAUCAGCAAAGGUCAAAGAACAACUGAACCAGUCUUCUGCACAGUCUUCCAUGGUAUUUGUACAGGAGGAACUUCCAUUCAGUCAGCCACAGGAGGAUCCUAAUAUAAAGUGUCAGACAAAUACAUCAGAGACUGUUGCAUCCUCAGAACAAAUUGGUUUCCUCGUUUCAGAGGUGGGUCCUCUCAGCAAAUGUGCCAAAGAUUCAGUUUCAUCCAUCCAAACCAAAUGCAGAGAAAGAAGGAGCAGUUCACAGAAGGGCAAAUCCCCUGAUCUACAUUUGCUAGUGGAUGUGGCUUGCAAGCAAGAGCAUUUUCCAAAGGAAGAAGAAUUAAGGGAGUGA